AUGGCCAAUGGGCGACUCGCAGCGCUCAACCAUCAAAUUGGCGCAUCUGGGAGCACGGCUCAGCAUCAGGACUCAGGAAUUGGACCAUCGAUCGAGUCGACUCAUUCCGCUCCUUCCAGCACUGCCAGCAGAACCGAGAGCGUAGGCAGCAGUCGACCAAGCAGCAGCCGCAGUGCUAGCACGAGCAGCGAUAUGCCCUCUGUCUCCUCUGAGCACGAAGAUCGCUUCGGGCCUUAUGGACCAUUCGGCCCAACUUUUGCCUUGAUACCUCAGGCACAGAAUUAUGAGUGGGGUGUCAUCGCUAGCGAUGGCAGCUUGGUCGCAAAGUAUGCCUCCGCUACUGUCGAGGCAGACGUGCACAUCAAGGACAGCAGACCUUACGCUGAGCUCUGGAUGGGCACGCACCCCUCACUGCCCUCGCUUGUGAUUCCACCCAAGCAGUCUGGAUCGAUCCCGCCUGCUGGCCGCUUCAUCUCGCUCUCUUCGUAUCUGUCGCAACACACAGCAUUGCAGGGAAAGGUCGUUGCCCGGCGCUUUAGGAGACCUGAUGGAGAGCUGCCAUACCUGUUCAAGAUUCUGAGCGUCGCAAAGGCAUUGAGCAUACAAGCUCACCCAGACAAAAGCCUUGCUGAGAGGCUGCAUCGCGAGAAGCCCAAGAGCUACAAAGAUGACAAUCACAAGCCAGAAAUGGCCAUCGCCCUGACCUCUUUUAGGGGCUUCUGCGGCUUUCGCCCGCUGAAAGAGAUGGCAACGUACCUGGAUGCGGUGCCAGAGUUUCAGCGGGUUGUGAAUGCUCCUUCGGCGUUUGCUGCUGAGCUGGCAUACAAGGCCAGCGACUCCGCAGGAACGAGCGAGGACGAAGCUCGCGACUGGGUUCGAGGAAUCUUCUCUAGGCUCAUGAAUGCACAGGCAACUACAUACAAGAGCGCCGUCAUGGAUCUGGCAGCAAGAUAUAGAGCGGCUCUCCAAGACGGGGUCGAGCUGGAGGUCGACAAAGAUCUGGCGGGCCUGCUGGUGACCCUCAACGAACAGUAUCCUGGCGAUGUCGGAGUACUUUGCGCCUUCGUGCUGAAUGUGGUGGAUCUGCAGCCUGGCCAGGCGCUGUUUUUAGGGGCCAACGAGCCACACGCCUACAUCAAGGGCGACAUCGUAGAGUGCAUGGCUAGCUCAGAUAAUGUUGUACGCGCAGGUCUGACGCCCAAGGAACGAGAUACUGAAACAUUGGUCAGCAUGUUGACGUACAACAGCGGCUCAGCAGAGAGACAGCUCAUGUCGCCUUCGCCAUAUCCACCUGCCGAAGGUAGUCUGAGCGCAUCUGCGUAUGAGGAGGUCAAGGCUGACUCGCACGGCUUGCCGGACGUGCCUAGCUUACUGUACGAUCCGCCAAUUGAAGAAUUCUGCGUCAUACGGACUACACUGAGAUCUGCAUCAGGUCCACAGACCUGGAAGGAAGAGACUCAAAAGCCACUCGAUGGACCAUCCGUCCUCAUCGUCACUUCAGGCCAAGGAAGCUUCGUUUCUAUUCCGCAGCCCGUGUCUCACUCGAAUGGACACGCCUCGCACAACGAGAGACCUUCAGACACGAUGCAGCCCGAUUCGAGAAGGCAAUUCGAGUUGGAAAGAGCAGGACAGCUUCGCCCCGAAAAGGCCCAAAUCCCUCCCGGCCACGGCAUCGAUCGACCUGCGAAGCUGUUGUGGGACCCAGACGACUCGUGA